AGUUGCAUAAGGAGCUACUACAGAGAGAGAGAAUCUCCUAUAUAAAGGGGUAGCGUACUCAGUAGUACGGCCUAUAGUACUGAGUCUACGCCUACAAUCCCUAUAUUUCUAACACGCUCCGAUGGAAUUUGAGCUGGAGCUUGAGCUUGACUGCCGAGAUUUUGUUGUGAACCACAGCCUUGUUCAGCCUCGAGUACUCACACCCCACCAGCACUGAGAUACCAGAGAUUUGAUUGGGGCCAGUUUGAUAAGCUAUGCCAGUUCUAUCAAACGGAAUUGAGGCCAUACACGAGGCGAAGUGAAGGAAGAGAGGACAAGAUGUUCGACCUCCCAGAUGCAAAACGAGUACGCCGGGUAGACCUCAAUCGUUCACGCUCAACCUCCCCCUCCAUCUCUUCAGAAACCGACCCAACACAAAGGAAUGCAGAUAUAGAUGCAGAAGAUGCACGAACGGCUCUCUUGCAAGCCAAACUCGCUGCUUUGCUUGGCCCAGUGGAGUUUGAUACUCCUGUAAGGAGCGGACUGGGUAGUGGUGCUGGGAAGGAUGGGAAUGGCGGGGUUGAUGCUGGGACAAGCGGAGAUACAGAAAGAGCAGAUAACAGGCAGAGAAAAGAACAUGCUGAUAAAGGAAACAAGAGGAGGAAAACUGCAGAGGAAGAAAAGGGAGGAGACAGCAAUGGAGAUAUAGCAAUGGAUUCAGACUCAGGAUCAGACACAUCCAGCAACGACAACAAUCCACAACCCCUCCCCUCAACGCCACCCCAAGACCAAGAUCAAGAAUACGACUUCAUCCUCUUCCAACCCCCUUCCAAUCAAUCUCAGUCCUCCCAUUCCCACAAAAUAAUCCUCAGCACCUCCGACGAACCCACCGGUACAGGCCGCAUCCUCCGUCCCCGCCCCCGAGAAUUCUACAUCGUCCCCAAAGCCACAGGCGAGAAAAAGACACAAUUUAACUCUGCUGCUGUAACCGGACUGGAUAUCCUCGCUGAUAAAGGGAAGAGACACUGGGGAUUGGAAGUUGGGUGGAGAGUUAGAGUUUUGAGAAGAGAUGGGGUGCUUUUACCUCCUUCCAGUCUCAGCCUCAACAAACCCCAUACAACACUCAAGUCCACUAUUUCCAAACCCUUCAACCUCCCUGACCCAACCAUACCAGAAAAUCCACACACCAAACGCACCAAACCCAAUAAAAAACGCCGAAUUAUCCUGAGAGAGAAGAAAAGGAAGAGGGAACUUGCAGAGGAGGCGAGGAGGAAAGAGAGGGAAGGGAAGGAGGAGGCGGAGAGGGAGAAGAGGACGAGGAGGAAUAGGGAGAAGAAGGUUAAGAAGAGGUUGAAGGAGAAGGCUAGGAAGGCUGGUGGGGGUGGGGGAGAUGGAGGAGAGCUUGGGGAGGCGGAUUUGGAUGUGGAAGUUUGAGGUGGGGUCGAUGUCGAAGGAGGAGAUGAGGGACUGAAUCAAUUAUUGUUGUAUAAAUGAAGGCCUUUCAUCCAUAUCGAGAAAGAUACCUUACUAUUUGGUGACCACUCACUGACUUACUCACCCUCAAAGUCCAACAAAAUCAUUAAAUGUCCAAAUAAUAACGCUAAUCCUUCCCUCUCUUUCGCUCGCUCAUUUGCUUGUUCACUUUGCC